AACGAUGUCUGCUUUGCGUCCAUUCGGGAUGCGGUGGGCUAUCGCAGGAGAAGGAAUCUUCCUCAAGGCAAAAUGACCAGCCUCAGCCAUGUGGGAAAUGUUCUCAACACCCCAGAACAUGCUUACUUGGGAAGAACUAUUGAUGAUCUGCAGAACUAUUUUCAAGGGGUGGUGGGCAGCCCAGGGAGGGAGAGUGUCAUCUUUUGCUCCAAAAGAGGCCUGGAAAUGUUGUCGAGGCAGGACACGCUGGCGGGCGAUGGCACAUUUUAUAUGGCGCCAGACAUCGAUGGCGUCAAGCAAAUAUGGAUUCUGUCAGCUUUUAAGCAUGGCAAGGUUUUUCCAGUGGCAAUGGCCCUCAUGAGUGCCAUGGAUGAGCCCGCUUAUGCUGCAGUUCUGGAAUUCCUGAAGGAAAAGGGCUUGGCUCCGCCGGCAAAGGUCAUCUCCGAUUGGGAACCAGCCCAAAGAAAUGCCUUCAGGAAGGCAUUUCCUAACGCUGAGAUGACUGGAUGCAUAUGGCACUUCGUCAGGGCUAUAUACAAACAAGCAGGAUUGAAAGGCUUGGGGAAGUUCUGGAAAAAGAAGCAUGAAAACACUCCAGUUGCCAGUCUUCUUCGCCUAUAUGCGCUGUUACCUCGACUCCCUCAUACUUACAUCUUGAAGGGAGUGCAGCUGCUCGAGGCCAAGGCGAAGAAAGAUCUGAGGGGAUCUGAGUUGAAGAAAUUCCGCAAAUUUCAGAAAUACUUCCGCAAGGAGUGGAUAGUUAAAGUUGGCGUCGAAGAGCUGUCCGUCCAUGGCCACGAGAUUAAAGCAACAUCCGGGUUGGAGAGCUUCAACCGAAAGUUCAACAGCAUGUCUCCCAACAAGAGACCCCCCUUCUGGAAAUUGCUCUUGACAAUGAAGGACCUGGAGCAAGAAGUGUUCAGGGAGCAUGCCAAUUUCUAUAGAACAGGGAAGGGGAAAGAUCGGGCACCCAGGAUGGCCAGGAGGGAUGUGUACCUGGUGGACAGGGACCUCACUGAGGCAGUAAAGCGAUUGGAGAGGGGGGAAGUGGAUGUGAUGGGGUUCCUCCUCCACGCCCAAAGCACCCUGACCGAAACCCUGGCCACCCUCCGGAUUUAUGGGAUGGUCGAUGUUGCUCCCACUGAAAGGGAUGACAUUUCACCAUCUGUACCAGUUAGGAGGAGGAGGAAGAGGGUGCUGGUCCUCGAAUCAGAAGCUUCUGAGUGUGAUGAUCCUGCUCCUCCUGCUUCAACACAAAAUAAUUUAACAAUGAAUGAUGAUAAUGAUGAUGAAGAUGAAGAUGAUGGUGAUGAUAAACCUGAUAAUGACAACACUAAAGAUGAAAACCCUACUGAUGUGAACCCUCAAGAUGACAUUACUUAUGAAAGCCCGAAUGAUGACGAACCUGAAUAUGAGAUAAAUUAUGAUGAAAACUCUGAUAAUGACAAUGACCUUGAAAUGAUUGAAAUGAAGAAUAAUCAUGGCAAUGACCCUGAAAUAAUUAAAAUAGAAGAUGAUGACGAGCCUGAACAUGAGAUAAAUUAUGAUGAUAAAAUCUCUGAUAAUGACAAUGACCUUGAAAUAAUUGAAAUAGAGAAUGAUAAUGGCAACGACCCUGAAAUAAUUAAAAUAGAAAUUGAUAGUGACAGUGACAGUGGAGAUUUUUCAAAAGUCUGGUAUUUUGACAGACUGAAGAAGCUCUAUCCAUCACUCACAACAAGACAACUUUUGGAGGAGUCCCAUGUAGGUUGCGGAUGUGGCUGCCCCUACAACUGUGGCUUUCCACCAGAGACAGCAUCUCCUGAUCAACAAUGCAGCUCAGCCAGCAGCAGCACCUACCAAGACUCUCAGGUGGCAUGUCAAAUGGAGCAGGAAGGGUGGCCAGCACCUGCGCUAUUUGAAGACUUAGCUGGAAGCUGUGAGGAAGGUAAGAAAUCAAAGCAUACAUACUGUGUUUGGAACUGCCUGAAAUCCUCCCAGAUCUUCUUUCACAAACUAAUUGCUUUAUUCUUCUUUCAGCAUAUCCUGUGCUCUUGGAGACAGACUUCUCAAUGGAGCACGAAGCGUGGCCAGCACCUGCGCUGUUUGAAGGUGAGCAGUGAUAUUCUCCUUUGAAGGAAUGUUGAAAUGCACUGUAAAAUUUAAAAAAAUAAAAAAAUUAAUGUAUGAUUUAUUUCUAUGUUGAUCUA